AUGGGACUGACACAUCUAUCUAUCUAUCUAUCUAUCUAUCUAUCUAUCUAUAUAUAUCAAUUCUCUCUUUCUCUCUCUCUCUCUCUCUCUUUCUCUCUCUCUCACUUUCUCUCUCUCUUUCUCUCUCACUCUCACUCUUUCUCUCACUCUCUUUCUCUCUCUCACUCUCUCUCUUUCUCGCUCUCUCUCACUCUCUCUCUUUCUACGCCCGACCCUCCAAAAAUAACUUUCCCUGCCCAGUCUUUCAAUAUUUUAUUUCUUAUUAGCUUCAUCGGCCACUUAAUCUUUUUGCCUAUCAGCUAUCAAAAGUGUCCGUUGUUGUCGGUAAGGGGGCUUCCGUCGAAUUCCUCACUCUCGUCUAAAGACACCUUCCCUAACCCACCAAGUCGCCAAGCCAUCACAACGGAAAAUACCAAAGCUCACACGCGUUUUUUUUUUCUUCUAUUCCCUAGUUUUCUUUCUUUCUUUCUUUCUUUCUUUCUUUCUUUCUUUCUUUCUUUCUUUCUUUCCUCUCCAAUCUCCCAUUUUUUGUUUGUCUGUUUGCUUGUUUAUUUGUUUGUUUCUUCCUUCCUUUCUUUCUUUCGUUGUUUGUUUGUUUCUUUCUUUCUUUCUUUCUUUCUUUCUUUCCCUUUUUUUUGCUUGUGGGUAUCUAUCUAUCUAGCUAUCUAUCUCAGUUUAAAAGCAUCUAUCUAUCUAUCUAUCUAUCUAUCUAUCUAUCUAUCUAUCUAUUGCAAGGUGGGUAUCUCUCUAUAUCAGAUUAUUCGCAUCAAUCUAUCUAUCUAUCUAUCUAUCUAUCUUAAAAUAUUUUCUGGAAAUAAAAAUUUAUUCAUCUAUUUAAAUAUCUAUCUAUCUAUCCAUAUAUCUAUCUGUCUGCAUCUAUUUAUCUAUCUAUCUAUCUAUCUAUCUUAG